UAGUUUUUGUGUGUGUUUGAACAGAAAAAUGAACGAAAUGCUGAACGCAUUGCUGAACGCAGCUAAAAACGGUCUCAACGAUACAAUAAAAUCACAUCUGGAAAGCGGCAUUAGAGUAGAUCAUGUUAACGUAGAUGGUUUGGACGCGUUGAUGUUAGCAUCACAAAAUGGACAUCAUAAAACUGUAGAAUUAUUACUUGAAAGCGGAAGUGAUUGUAAUCGGGUUGAAAAAAAGAUGGCUGGGAUGCAUUAAUGCUUGCAUCACAAUAUGGAUAUAAUAAAACAGUAAAAUUAUUGCUGGGUAAAGGAAGUAGCUGUAAAAGAGUAGAAAAAGAUGGCUGGGAUGCAUUAAUGAUUGCAUCUCACAAAGGACAUUGUGAAACCGCAAAAUUACUACUAAAGCAUGGAAGUGAUAUUGAUCGUGUUGAAAAAAGUGGGCUCAAUGCAUUGAUGCUUGCGUCUCAAUACGGACACGUCAGAACAGUAAAGAUGCUUUUAAAACAUUUAUUUAAGCUCAAAACACAGACGACUAACUAUGACCACAAUAGUGCAUUCGAAACUAAUAAUGAAACAUAUAUUAAAAAAACGUUUAGUAUUUAUUUAAUAAAUAUUAUUUUUCUGGCGUUUAAAGAGGGACAUGUAGGAAUAUUAGAGACAGUUUCAGCAUUUGUUCAUUUUCAUACGGAUAUGUCAAGUUUGGUAGGCCUGAUAACGUUUCUUUGCAAUUUGUGUAAAAGUUAUCUUUACCACACUAAAAUCGAUAUUGAUUUUGAAAUAGAAAACGACCCGAUAUUAAAUGCAAGAGAAAAGAAACUCUGUCAUGAUUUUAAAAGGUCCAUCAACAGUUAUUUGAAGAUUGCAGGAAAUAAUCAGGAGCAUCAGAAUCAAGUCUGUAAAGAUUUUAAUAGCGAUGUGUUGGAUAUAAAGAUAGAAUUUUCUAGAACAGGAGCGUUUGAACCAAUACAUUUUUUCAUUAUUCAGAAAAGCUUGAGUAGUAUUUGCAAUAUAUUAAAUGCAGACAUGACGAAACAGUUUUUUAAUUUACUGUUGCAAAAUGAUUAUGCAGGUAAAUCAUCUAAUUUUUAA